AUGACUGCGAAAGAAAUGGGUUUGUGGACUUUAUUGGAGGGCUUUCUGCUUCUUGCGAAUGCAUUUGCAAUAUUAAAUGAAGAUCGUUUUCUUGCACCUAGAGGGUGGAGCUUCUCUGAAUUUUCUGUUGGUCGAACAAAGUCUUUGAAAGGGCAGCUUAUAGGUCUCAUUUAUGCGACCCAAUAUAUGAGAGUUCCACUUAUAAUACUCAAUUCCAUCUGCAUCUUUGUAAAGAUGGUGUCUGGGUGA